ACGAGGAGGAGCGGGUCCGGGUGCUGCAGGGCAUCCGGAAAACAGAAGAAACAGCCGACAGAAUUUCCAAGGCAACGGCUACAGGCAAAGCGGAGGAGUCUUCUUAAGAGUCAUAGAGUCUGGCAGUACCUCCCAGGCUGGGUGUCUGGGCACCAGGGGCCGCUGGCAGUCCUGACCCACCUGGGAGCUGCCUGGCGCUCAGCCUGCCCCGAAGGGGGAAUAGGGGCUGCACGCCAGUCCUCAGAAGCUGUCUGAGAGUGUGGUGACCCGCAUGAAGAACUCUAGCCAGUCUGCCAGAACAGGGCCGCCGGCUCCUCCACCUGCUGCCCUUGGCUCCUCCAGAGGCCUGGACACAGACUGUAAAGUGUCCAGACCGGAGUGUGGCCGUGGCUGGCAGCCCUCAGGGGCGGAAGUGAGUCCCCUCAGGAGGUGUGAAGAGGAGCUGGCCACGGGUCAGGGCCAGCUGCCCCAUGUGGCCGUGAGGGAGGGAGAGGCGGCCCUGCGGCGGGAGGAGAUCAGUGUGGACCAGGAGAAGCAGAGGUCAGCCCGGAUGGCCAGGGAGCUGGAAAGCCGAGAGGCAGAGCUGAGACGCCGUGACGCCUUCUACAAGGAGCAGCUGGGGGGCCUGGAGAGGAAGAACAUGGAGACAUACAGACUGUCUUCACAGCAGUUCCACGAGGCAGCCUCAAAAGUGGAGGGCACGAUCAAGCCCCGCAGACUGGAGCCCGUGUGCUCAGGGCUGCAGGACCAGAUCCUCCGCUGCUACCGCGACCACCUGCAGGAGGUGCUGCUGUGCUCCGACCUGGUCAAGGCUUACCAACACUGUGUGAGCGCUGCCCACAAGCCCCCCGGCUUGAAGCUCCCAACACACAUGGCAAUGCAUACGCUGCCUCUGCUGCCGGACUGGGGUCUGCGCUGGCCUCUCUUCCAGCUGGCUCCCAGGCCCGGCAGUGACCCCUUGGAAGAGUCUGGCUCUCGUUGGAUGGGGAGCUGCCUGCCUGCUAAGGGGCAACAGGGCAUGAAGCCUGAGGAGGAAACGUUGGGGGACUGUAGCAGGAGGGUCUCUAAGUACUCAAAUUUUACAACAAACAGUGGCAGCAAAUUCCACAUAUGUAGUCAAGGCUCUGGGACUGGCAAUGCAUCACUGAGCAAGUGGGAAACCAGCCAUAUAGAGGGUUACACAAGGGGAGAAAUGUGGGCCAGGUGACCAGGAGUGGGGGCCUCACUGCCUGUGAGGCAGCACACAACUGCACCUGCUGCCUGACUUCCCACCCCCAGACCAGGAGCUGCCUCCUAUCCCUGGCCCAGGAAGCAGCAUGGCCAGGUCCAGGUCUCUCUUAAGGGAGACAAUUUCACUUCGUACAUGGUAACCUGCCUCAUUAAGUGUAAUGGACUGGUUAUUCCCAUUAAAUAAACAUCAACUAAUUAUGAAAAA